UGGCGCGAGAUCUGCACCCGUCUGCGCGAAACUUUGAAUCUUGCCCAACUUUUUUCCCCAGACUUUUGUAACCCACUUCCCAACGCGCAGACGUCCUUAACCGUGUCUCCUAAGAUUACCCAAUAUUAAACACCGCCGAAGAAUCAUGCCGCCAUACGUCCACGAAGCCGUCGCGCACCGCAGCAAACGCGUACGCUUCUCCAACGAGCCUGAAUCCUCGCCGCCCUCGAUAUCCUCCGACCCAGCCCUCGCGUCGACAAACGCUGCAGAUGACUCUACCACGAACGCAAGCGACUUUGGUACCUCGGACAGCGACAGCGAACUGUCUGAAUCGAGCGAAGAACCCAGUAGCGACGAGAGCUCGAGCGAAGAAGAAGAGGACGAUGGCGAGGACACAGAGAUGGAGCUUGAGGGGCCACUAUCGCAAGACGGCGUCGUAAACCUACGCGCCAACAGAGGCACGAAGCCAGUUAUGAAGUUGGGCAACAAAGAUCUAGGACCAGAUAUUCGCGGUUUCCUCAAAGACUUUCUACCGCAGUUGAAGGCUGCGAACGAGGAGUUGGAGGCGCAGAAGAAGGCCGGGACGCUGAAGAGUCUGGAAUCUGUAGAGGGACAGGACGAGGGCGAGCCGUACAUUGAGAUGGACCUCGGACUAGGUGUUCUCGAAGAAAAAGACCCGAACGCGGAUAGCGAUAAGGACAGCGCGAGCGAUGCGGAAGAUGGCAACACAGAGAAGGACGUAUUGGGGAAGCUGAUGGGGCGUGAGAAGAGAGACCCAGCAAACAUCGAGGUCGUGCAAAACACAACAGAUUCAUGAUGGGAUGCUGGCCAAGACGAUUGCCGUUAUCACUGGCACAUCCGGUAUAGAAAAGCACAUGGGUCCGAACUUCUGCUAAACGGACGCUGCGGGAGAAAUACCCUACCUAUGCACUACCCGUACCGUCGUGCUGCGCGCUUUACCCGUCCGCCUGUCAAGGACUCGACAUGUGAAGAGCGAAUGAGGCUCGGUAUUCAGGAUGCGACACCUUUCCCAGCAGUCAUGAAUGUAUAAUGUGUCCAUCGCAAACUUAGACAUG